AUGAUUCUGUUGAGGCCCACUGGGCAGCAGCGAUUCUUGCAAGUUCUCGUUGGCAUCGGCCCCGUUUUCAGCUUCUUUGCCGCGUACAUUUGGUCCUUCCACCGUGAAGAAACCAACUUGGCAGAAUUGCCGGCACCGCUCGCCUACAUAUCAAAUGGCAUUGCACUGGGCAUCAUGACGAUCUUUGUGCGAGUGGAAGAGCAGGAGAAUGGCGCCAUGGUGCCGCGCGCUUUUAAGAGCGUACUCUUCUUGGAUGUUUUUGGAUGGGUCUCACAGAAAGGACUGUCCGUAAGAUAUUCUGCAUUCGGCGACAUCACUCUGUCCAAUUCAAAUCUUAUUUGUGCAGGAAAAGACUCUGAGGCCCGGCUGGGGAGGGAGGUGAACCGACCUAUUCGUGUCACAUGCUUUGCUCCUCUGCAUCUUUCUGACUUCAACUGUAUCUCAAAGGAAUGCUCAAGCGCUUGA